UCGAAGCAAAAAACAAAAAAACAGAAAAAAGAAAAAAGAAAAAAGAAUAAAUAAAAAGGAGUCCUCUCUCUCUCUCUCACAGUCUCUGUCUUCUCUCUCUGCAAAUCUUCAGCGAUGCAAGAACUAGACCUACACGAUCUCUCCGACGAUGCCGAUUACGCUGCGUCGCAGCAACAAGGUUCGGCGAGCAUGAUGCGAAGCGAUAGUGGAAGACAGAGCACCUCCAGCGAGACCGAUGGUGCUGAGUUGGUUUACGUGAAGGACAAUGUCACAAUUCAUCCCACUCAGUUUGCCUCCGAAAGGAUUAGUGGAAGAUUGAAGUUAUACAAGCAAGGCCCUUCUCUAUUCAUGACAUGGAUUCCUUACAAAGGGCGAAACUCUAACGCCAGGCUUUCUGAGAAAGAUAGGAGUCUUUACACUAUAAGGGCAGUUCCUUUUACGGAUGUGCGGUCCAUUCGUAGGCACAGUCCAGCACUCGGGUGGCAGUACAUUAUUGUGGUCUUGUCGUCAGGACUUGCAUUUCCUCCUCUUUAUUUCUAUAAUGGAGGAGUCAAAGAGUUCCUUGCUACAAUAAAGCAACAUGUUUUUCUUGUGAGGUCAGCAGAUGAUGCAAAUGUAUUUCUUGUGAAUGAUUUGGAAAAUCAACUUCAGAAAACACUGUCAUCUUUGGAGCUGCCUAGGGCUGUCUCUGUUGCAAGUGAAUCAUCACUAUCCUCCAUUGCUGAGUCAUCUGCAGAUGGAAAGCAAGAGAGUUCCAGGGGGGGUGUUCAUGAUGGAAGUUUAAGCGUCUCUCAGUUCAAUGGGAGGCAAAAGCAAAAGUUCCAUGAUCCUGCUCUCUCAAUUCAAGUACUGGAAAAAUUCUCUCUUGUGACCAAAUUUGCUCGGGAUACAACUUCACAACUUUUUCGUGAUAAUCAUAAUAAUGGAUUUAAUUCUAUUGAGAGGAGAAGCAAUAAUGAUUCUCAUGUUGAUUACCCACAAAAGGCAUCCAAUAUCAAAGAAAAGAUUAAUGAUGAAACUCAUGCAGCUCCUGUAGCUGCAGAUCCCCUGGAGUUAGUAUGGGGAAAGCCACGACAGCCACCUUUGGGUUAUGAAGAGUGGGUCAAUUUCUUGGACUCUGAAGGGCGUGUCAUGGAUUCAAAAGCUUUAAGAAAGAGAAUAUUUUAUGGAGGAGUUGAGCACAGUUUACGCGCAGAGGUCUGGCCAUUCUUGUUAGGAUACCAUGCUUAUGAUUCAACAUAUGCUGAGAGGGAAUAUCUUAGGUCUGUUAAAAAAUCAGAGUAUGAGACUAUAAAGAACCAAUGGCAGAGUAUAUCUUCAGAACAGGCAAAAAGAUUUACAAAAUUCAGAGAGAGAAAAGGCCUUAUCGAUAAAGAUGUGGUAAGGACUGAUAGAUCAAUUUCCUUCUAUGAUGGGGAUGAUAAUCCAAAUGUGAAUAUCUUACGCGAUAUUCUAUUGACAUACUCAUUUUAUAACUUUGAUCUUGGUUACUGUCAGGGCAUGAGUGAUCUUCUGUCCCCAAUAUUAUUUGUAACGGAGGAUGAAUCUGAAUCCUUUUGGUGUUUUGUUUCACUGAUGGAACGCCUUGGACCCAAUUUUAACCGUGACCAGAAUGGCAUGCACUCUCAACUUUUUGCAAUAACUAAGUUGGUGGAGUUGUUGGAUAGCCCAUUGCAUAAUUACUUCAAGCAGCAUGAUUGCUUGAAUUACUUCUUUUGUUUCCGCUGGGUUCUAAUACAAUUUAAAAGGGAAUUCGAAUACGAGAAAACAAUGCGGUUGUGGGAAGUACUGUGGACGCAUUAUAGGUCUGAACACCUACACCUGUAUGUAUGUGUUGCAAUCUUGAAGCGGUACCGAAGUAAGAUUAUGGGGGAGCAGAUGGAUUUCGACACUCUCUUGAAGUUCAUUAACGAAUUAAGCGGUCAAAUUGACCUUGAUACAAUUUUGAGGGAUGCAGAGGCUCUUUGCAUAUGUGCUGGUGAGAAUGGUGCAGCUUGUAUUCCACCUGGAACUCCACCCUCAUUACCCAAAGAUGAUGGCAGCUUGCUAUUAUAUGCUCAAGAAGAUGAUGUAUUGUAAAUAUGGGGCACCUAUUCCAGGAAUUAUCUCGCAUUUAAUUUUCUAACCUCUCUAUGGAGACACAAUUUUACUAUUUUGUAGUACUGUUACUUGCCAAUCAAUAAUGUGAAUCAAAUCAUUUUUUUUUUUUUC